AUAAACAUAAUUUGGUUUGAUGGCCGGCAAAGGCAAAAAGAAACGCAACAGCAAGGAUUCCACUUCAAGUAAUAACGGUAAUGGCGAGGAGGGCGAUAAGAAAAAGGAAGGCAAGAAAAAGAGUAGCAGUAGCAAAUCGCUGGGAUGUGACAUUUUCAAUGAUGUAGCCAUGGAGAAUGCCUACUAUGUGUGCCAUAAUGUUCAGGAUUUACUCAAAACUCGCGGAUUCGCUUGGCCAGAUGGGCAAAAGAAGAAGAAGAAAGGAAAGCGCUAGAGAUUAUUCCAGCA